AUGAGGGGACAUAUUGAUUUUAAAAGAAAUGGGAUAAAGUUAUCUGGACAACCACUUAUUCCUGCGCACACUGCAAAUAGCAAUACGAACCCACUCGGUUGUUGCUUACCGAGUUCAACAUCCACUUCUAACUUUUCAAAUUCGGCAAUAACAUUCUUACCGUUUCUGUGUAUAUUGUGGGCCCAAGAGACAUCCACUGGCAGAGAAAAUGAACUUGAAAUUACAUAUGCUUAUCCUAUAGAAUGUGCAUAUUCAGAUAACCUUGAAACAAGCGAUAAUAUGCAGUUCCAACUACCAUACGAGGAUGCAAAGAGGAAGGUUCGAGUUGCAUCUGAGAUCAUGUUCAUUGAUAUUGAAAGCACUAAAUCAGAACUGCCAAGUGAAGAUAGGGAUAUGAAGACCUGUGAUUUGAUUUUGAAAUACUCCUAUCCGUUUAGUCAAUUCAAUCCAUUUACAGAAGAGUUUCAUCAACAGUCUAUUUUUGUCAUCAUUAAUCCACAUAGUGGUAAAGGUACAGCUCUCGAAAUAUUUAACGAUAAGGUAAGACCCAUAUUAGAAGGUGCGCAUUGUAACAUCACUGUUCAGUUGACCGAUUAUCAAGGCCAUGCAACAGACCUUGCUCGAGAACUCAAUAUUGAUGAGUACGAUACUAUUUUAUGUGCAUCUGGUGACGGAAUUCCAUAUGAAGUGAUCAACGGAUUUUAUCAAAGACCGGACAGAGCACAAGCUUUUUCUAAAAUAAAUAUUGUUCAGUCGCCGGGUGGAUCUGGUAAUGCAAUGUCACUCUCAUGUCUGGGGGCCACAUCUGCAUCUCUAUCUGCAUUAAGGAUUUUGAAAGGGAAACCAUCACAGUGUGAUCUAAUGGCCAUUAGCAAGAGUUCUUCAGACGAAGUUAUUUUAUCCUUUCUAUCUCAAACAUAUGGUGCCAUUGCACAGGCUGAUAUUGGCACCGAGUGGAUGAGGUUUAUUGGUGGUAUCAGAUUCGAUCUAGGGGUGGCAUAUGAGGUUCUUUCAGGGAAGAAAUAUCCGUGCGAGCUAGCCUUUAAGAUAAAGUGCAAAAACAAUGACGAAGUUAUGGAGCAUUAUCAGAACGAGGUCGGAAAAUACAAGAACAAUAGUAGUACCUAUAGCAAUUUGAAAAACAACAAUAGAGAUAUUCAAGGUGCUAGAGGUAUAUAUAGAGAUGACUCGGUAGAGUUUGAUUUGACUGAGCAAAGCCAAGAUAAGAAUGUUUCUUGUGGACUUCAAUUGAGGAAAUUAACUGAAGAUGAUUUCCAGCUAAAAUAUCAUGAGGAAUUUAGAGAGGACACUUCCAUGAGACGGUUACCUGAGGAUUGGGAGAUUUAUGAUAAAGAUAAGACUGAAAAUAUGAGAAUCUUUUAUUCAGGUAAAAUGCCAUAUAUUGCGGCUACCACAAAUUUUUUCCCCGCAGCGUUACCUGCAGAUGGUGCAAUUGAUUUAGUCGUUUUUGAUUCCAGAAGUAAAUUUGCGUCUACUGCAAAUGCAUUACUGUCUCUGGAGAAAGGUACGCAUGUAUGGGAUGACUGUGUGGAGCAUAUGAAAGUUGAAGCGUUUAGAUUAGAGCCGAAAUCAACAACACCAUGCUAUAUUAGUGUUGAUGGAGAACGGUUCCCCUACGAAACCUUCCAAGUGGAGGUUUUAAAAGGUGUUUUAAGAACUAUAUUAUGGGAGGGAAACUACACAGUUACAGGGUUCCUGGAAAAUGGGUAUUCAUCAAAAUAA